AUGGCGGCUGUCGCUCCCCCUCGUGGCCUUGCGCCUAACGCAUCACUACCAGCCAAAGUCACGACCAUUCCCCCGAACCAGACACUCUAUGUUACGAACUUGCCUUCCAACAAGAUCCAGAAACAAGACCUGCGAACCGAACUCUACCUGCUUUUCUCGACGUACGGGCCCGUUCUCGAUAUCGUCGCCAUGAAGACGAUGAAGAUGCGAGGGCAAGCGCACAUCACCUUCCGCGAUGUACAAACAGCGACCCAAGCCAUGCGCUCUCUCGAGGGCUUCGAGUUCCUUGGCCGUCCUUUGACUAUCCAGUACGCCAAGUCAAAGUCCGACUUCGUUGCCAAGCUGGACGGCACAUACAAGAUGCCGAACAUGACAGCUGGGGCUUCUAGCACCGAAGUGACGGACCUCCAGAAGAGUAUCUUUAACGCUCCGGCACCAGGCGCGGCAUCUGGCGCUGCUCCAGGCACCGCCCUGGCAAAGCCCUCGGCCGGCGGUGACCAGCCCAUGAGUGAUGCGCAGGCAUCCGACGCGAGGGGUCAGAAGCGGACGAGGGACGAGGAAGAAGACGAGGACAGUGACGUUGCCAUGGAGGAGGACAGCGACGACGACUGA